AAGUUUAUAAGUUGAGUUUCACUAUUCAAGUUUACUUUUCAUGAAUUUAGGUGAACUCUUGAGUUUGAUUAGUUUGCUUAUAGGUAUAUGUCUAUGUUAUUUUGAACUUUUAGUUUCUUUCCCCUUUCCCCUUUUAUUCAUUACCUUAAUUUGGAUGGUGGUUUAUUAGAGUACCUCAUGUUAGAUUGUCUUGGAAUGAAUUCAUUGUUUCAUUUGGACUUAAUUAAUGAUAAAGUUUUGUUUUGUGCUUUUUAUUUCAAGAAUUUAGAAAUAGUUUCAGGUUAUGUUUGGUUUAUAAUUUGAAAAUUAUGGUUUAUUCCAACCAAAAUCACUACUUUCUAUUCUAAGCCAAAUCAUGUUUUAAGACUAAAAAACAUGUUAAAAUGUAAUAUAUCAACAUGGUUUUGCCAAAUUUGUUGAAAUGAAUUAAAAUUCAGUUUGCACCUUCAAGUCACUAUUUUAGGUGUGAAGACAUUCUAAAUUUGCUAAUUUUUAUGCCAAGAAUGUGAGAUUUUAUGAAGACAUUCUAAAUUUGCUAAUUUUGUUCAUUUCUGUGUCAGGAGAAUACAAUCACUACCAAUGUUUUGACUAUGGAAGUAUGAUGGAUCCUGAACCGAAUAGGUGUAGAAGAACCGAUGGAAAGAAACGGAGGUGCAGCAAGAACACAGUACCUUAUCAUAAGUAUUGUGAACGACACGUGCACAGAGGCCGGAACCGUUCAAGAAAGCCUGUGGAAACAUCCAAAGUUGUUAACUCAAAUUCGAUAACAAAGCCUUGUAGCAAGCUACAUACUGCCAUAGCCUCAAACACAAAAUCUGCUGUUUCAAUUCCAACACCUAAGGUAACAAACUUUGGCAACAGGACAUCGGUUGCUUCGAAUAACAGAAGUAGCCGAGAUUUAUGCAAGAAGGAUAACCAGAUCAAGAACUGUGUCGGCUACAGUAUCAGUGUUAUGAGUAGUGGUAAAGGAAGUGUUACCAAUGAUAGUAAUUGCAUCUCUACCGGCAUAGGCUUCUCCCCAAGGAGUGUUCUCCAAGUUUCUGGUUGCAAUAGUUCACACCACAACUACACAAACGGCACAGAGCUUGAACCAGGCAGGUGCCGGAGAACAGACGGCAAGAAGUGGCGGUGCAAGAGUGCUGUUCUCCCUGGUCAGAAGUAUUGCACCACUCACGUGCACAGAGGAGCUAAAAGGCGUUGUUCCACAGAUCAUGAGCCAGUCACUACUCCUACUCCUACUCCUCGCUAUGCCAAUACCAAUUCUCGGCCGAUUUACUCGGCCGCGAACAGGACAACGAUAACCGAAGCUCGGAAAACAGUUUGCACAGUUCCCAACACAAAACUUUCUAUGUCAAUCCCAGCAAGUGCACCAUUGAGACACAACAAUGGGAAGAGUCCUAAUAGGAGCAGUGACACAGACACCACCAUCACUGACACCAUCAAUGAGUGUAGCUAUGCUUCUUUCUAAGAAGCAGUAUUUUCAAUUUCAUGUAUCUAAAACCUGUUUAAUGCUUUUUGUAUGAACAAGUUGGACUACUUAUUACUGUUUAGGCAUUUGAAUAUCAGUUUUGUGUAUAGUGUGAACAAUGAGAUCUUGAUGUAGGGGAUAUCUGAUGAAUCAAAUGUCUUACUUAAGCUUAAGCUUGUUCAUUUGAA